AUGGAAGCAGAAAACCAAACAAAAAUCUCACAGUUCCUUUUGCUGGGCCUCUCAGAGGAUCCUGAGCUUCAGUCUCUCUUCUUUGGACUCUUCCUGUCCAUGUACCUGGUAACUGUGCUUGGAAACUUAACCAUCAUCCUGGCUGUUAGCGCUGACGCCUACCUCCAUACCCCUAUGUAUUUCUUCCUGUCCAACCUGUCCUUUGUUGACAUCUGUUUCAUUACAACCACAGUCCCAAAGAUGCUGGUGAAUAUCCAGACUCGGAGCAAAGACAUAUCCUAUAUAGGAUGCCUCACUCAGGUAUAUUUUUUCAUGAUUUUUGUCGGACUGGACAAUUUUCUCCUGACCGUGAUGGCCUAUGACCGGUUUGUGGCCAUUUGCCACCCUCUACACUACACAGAUAUCAUGAAUCCUCGUCUCUGUGGCUUGUUGAUUCUGAUAUCUUGGAUAAUCAUUUUCUGGGUUUCAAUGCUUCAUAUUCUACUGAUGAUUCGGCUGAAAUUCUGUAUAGGCACUGAAAUUCCACAUUUCUUCUGUGAACUGGCUCAGAUGAUCAAAGUGGCCUGCUCUGAUACCCUGAUCAAUAACAUUUUCUUGUAUAUAGCAGCUGCCCUUCUUGGUGUGUUUCCCUUUACUGGAAUCCUCUUUUCGUACUCUCAGAUUGUUUCUUCCUUAAUGAGAAUGUCGUCUGCUACAGGUAAGUACAAAGCAUUUUCCACCUGUGGGUCUCAUCUCUCUGUGGUCGCCUUAUACUAUGGGACCAGCCUUGGGGUCUAUCUCAGUUCUGCUAUGACCCAUUCUUCUCAGAAAAGCUCGAUCGCUUCAGUGAUGUACACUGUGGUCACACCCAUGCUGAACCCCUUCAUUUACAGCCUAAGGAACAAGGAUGUGAAGGGAGCUCUAGGAAGACUCCUCUUUAAAAGAGAACCUCUUGUCCAUGAUGAUCACUGA